UACGUUCUGUGAGAGUCUCGUGAUCGUCACCUUCUUAGUCACCAAUAAACAUCAUCCGUAGUUUGACUGUGGUGAACGAGCUGAGGAAGAAGUAAACAACAAAUCACACACACAGAGUCAAUUAAACACGCAAUGGCUGUCCGGCUAUGAGACGUCAGGAGGAGCCAUGGCGGGUCGGUACCGGAUAACCGCUCUCUCUUCGCUGCUUCUGCUCGGUGUGCUGUUGUUGUUGUCAGCGGCUCACAGCAGCGCGAAACCGCUGGAGAAAUGUCCCGGCGGCAAGUCCUGUCAACCACCGAGACCUCCCGUGGUCCUCAUUCCUGGGGAUCUGGGAAACCAGUUGGAGGCAAAGCUGGAUAAGCCCAGCGUGGUCCAUUACAUCUGCUAUAAGAAGACUGACACCUUCUUCACGCUGUGGCUCAACCUGGAGCUGCUGGUCCCUGUAGCCAUAGACUGUUGGAUUGACAACAUCAGGUUGAUCUACAACCGGACCACACACACCACCUCGUCCCCUCCAGGUGUCAACAUCCGUGUCCCUGGUUUCGGACAGACGUCUUCACUGGAGUUUCUGGACCCCAGCAAACGCAGUGUGGGCAUGUAUUUUUUUACUAUUGUCCAAUCGCUGGUGGACUGGGGAUACACCAGAGAUGAUGACGUCAGAGGAGCUCCUUAUGAUUGGAGGAAAGCCCCAAAUGAGAACAAAGAGUAUUUCCUGGCGCUGCAGCAGAUGAUUGAGGAGAUGGCAGAGAAAGCCGGUGGACCCGUGGUGCUCAUCGCUCACAGCAUGGGCAACAUGUACACCCUGUACUUCCUCAACCAGCAGCCUCAGGCCUGGAAAGACCGAUACAUCAAAGCUUUCAUCAGUCUGGGGGCGCCGUGGGCCGGCGUGGCCAAGACCCUCCGCGUCAUCAUCUCUGGUGAUAAUAACCGCAUCCCGGUGAUUAGCCCGCUGAAGAUUCGCUCCCAGCAACGCUCUGCCGUCUCCACCUCCUGGCUGCUGCCUUAUGCCAGCUCGUGGACCAAAGAUCAGGUCCUGGUGGAGACGCCGACCACUAACUACACAAUCCAGGACUACAAGCGCCUCUUCUCUGACAUCGGUUAUGAGGACGCCUGGCUGAUGCGUCAGGACACGGAGUCGCUGGUCAAAGACUUCACGCCCCCGGGCGUGGCCACGCACUGCCUGUACGGCACCGGCGUCGACACGUCCGAGGCCUUCCAGUACUCCAACAAGUUCCCCGACGUGGAGCCCACGGUGGUCGUGGGUGACGGCGACGGGACGGUGAACCUGCAAAGCGCUCUCCAGUGCAAGAGGUGGGUGGGGAAACAGAAGCAGCCCGUGAUGCUGAAAGAGCUCCCGGCCAACGAACACGUGAACAUGUUGUUGAACUUAACGACUGUGACCUACAUCAAGUCUGUGCUGUUUUCGCCCUGAUGCUGCCGAACACUGAGGGGCGGGGGCGCGG